AUGCCUACAAUUCAAAUAUGCCAAUCUAUUCAAGGGAUUGACCAGAAUUCUCCCAGCUCUAUCUCUCGGUCACCCUCUCCUGCUUCGGCUACUGCAGAGGUUCAUUCUGAUGAUGAAAUGGAGGAGGUUUCUCAUUCUUCUGAGCAUUCGGAAGAACAUCAUGAAUCGUUCUCUAGUGACAUAGAAAUGAAUGAAGUCCAAGAUGAACCUAAAUUGUCAGCUUCCAAGUCUACUCCCCAGAGCACUCCUGUUUGUCGUAGCGAUCGUAAACGUAACGCUCCAGACAAACUUGAUCUUUAA